CGCUCCCAAGCUUUUCCAACUCUUUUUAUUUGCUCCCUCUCGCAACCGAAGGCGCGGAGACCCCCUCCCCCCUCCCUUCUCUUUGCCGUAUCCUCCAUUCCAAUUUUUAUCCCCAGGUUUUGGUUGGAAUAACGAGCUUUCUGAGAGGCUUCCGAGGUUCCAAUCCUCGGGCGAUCGACGAAGCGAUCCCGUCGUCCGCCAUUUCGCUCCCUCAUUUUUCUGAGAUCUUAUCAUCCACUGGAUUGGAUCUAAGGAUUUUGGUAGCCACCAGUCUCUAGAUCUCUGGACGCGCGGUUAGGAGGGUCGGAGAAGAUAUUUGGGCGUCUAUUUUGAAAAGUAUCAGUUCGUGCAGAUCGCGGACCGUUUGAUCCAGAAUCGAUGGCUUUCAGCGGCACGCAGCAGAAGUGCAAGGCCUGCAACAAGACGGUCUACCUGAUGGACCAGUUGUCCGCCGAUGGGGUCUCCUAUCACAAGUCCUGCUUCAAGUGCAAUCACUGCAAAGGAACCUUAAAGCUGAGUAAUUAUUCUUCACUGGAAGGUGUCUUGUAUUGCAAACCUCAUUUUGAGCAGCUCUUCAAGGAGACAGGCAGUUUCAACAAGAGCUUUCAGUCACCUGCAAAGUCAGCCGAGAAGUUAACUCCAGAACUGACUAGGUCUCCUAGCAAAGCUGCUGGCAUGUUUUCAGGAACUCAAGAAAAAUGUGUCACUUGUGGCAAAACAGCAUAUCCGCUUGAAAAGGUGACCGUGGAAGGGCAAGCAUAUCAUAAGUCUUGUUUCAAGUGCUCCCAUGGAGGCUGUCCGAUUAGCCCCUCAAACUAUGCAGCCCUUGAAGGCAUCCUCUACUGCAAGCACCACUUCUCUCAACUUUUCAAGGAGAAGGGGAGCUACAACCAUCUCAUCAAGUGUGCUUCCAUCAAGCGCACAGCAACAUCCAGCCCAGAUCUCUGAGUUCAUUCUGUUUACCGAAGUGGAUUUUCACCCAAGCGUCAUAUAUUUUUGUUUUUGGAUGCUUCCAUCCUUUUUGCUUGUUCAAUUGAGGAAUUGGCAAACUUGAAUUCCUUUGUUUUGUUGAUUCCUUGUGUGAAAUCUUUAACUAUGUCAAACCAUAAAAAACCGGUUCUUCAUAUUCAAUGCAUAUGAUGUGUGUUUCUAAGAA